GAAGAUGGCAGCCUCGGCCACAUGCUCGGGGAAAUAAAUAAAUAACCGCGCCAUGUAGGAAUAUAUAUCCUGCACUGAGGGGAAGGUGAGAGAAAUCCCCGGAUUGGACCGUAAACAAGAAGCAUGAGAGAGUGUCAGAGACGGACAGAUGACAGACUGAGGUGUAUGUGGAUCCUGCUGUGUGCCGAGGGGGAGACAGAACAACACCGCCACGCUUCUUCAGGGCGUUGAUGUUCAGAGAAAUAACAUCCAGCCCUUGCCGGGGACGGGGAAAGGAAGGUACCCUGAAUGCUGCGUGUAGGAGCGAAGAGAAAAGCACAAUAAACCACGGAGUGGACUGCGCAAAAUCAGAAACAACUGGCAAAACAACAUCCUCUGAAACCCAACCUUCGUAGAUUGUGGUGGGCCUUUUCCAAUCUCUCUGUUCUUGGCCACCCAGGAGAGGCGAUGGAAGGUUAAAUCACAUGCUCCGUCAAGAGCGAUCACAAACCAAACCUGCUGAGACUUCAUUCUCCAGUGUCCGAGGAGCCCUUGAAACCUUCCCUGGGAACUUACAGCAACACAAACUUUCCCAAGUAAUUUGCUUAUCUCACUCUAAGGAAGUACUUUGAUAAAGGUCAGAAUCAUUUUUAUGUUUCUUUAGCGAGGGCCCAAAAAGACCCAGCCACGGCCCACUGCGGGGUCUCAGAGGAGCGUCUGGGGAACAUUGAUCUGGACGAGAAGAUUGUGACGGAGGUGAUGGGUAACAAGAACACCAGCCUGCCGAAAGGUCCCGACAGCGAGCCUACACAGAAAGAGGAAGGGGGUGUCAUUGAUAAUACCACAGGAAGUGUCUCCAGAGAUGGACCGCUGGGCCCCAGCCCGGAGCUGCUGGCCUCCCUGCAGUCCCUCGGAGAAAACAGCGACUACACUCUGCUCCCACACUCCCUGCACCAGAUUGCAGAGGCCUACUCACUCAAAGAGGACUACCAGUGGGCCAUUCAGUUCCUGCAGCUGGAGAAGCUCUACCAUGAACGUCUGCUCUCCAACCUUGCCGCCCUGCAGGAAAACUGGGAGAGCCAGUGGAAAGAGAAGAACACCGAGAGCAGUUCACCCGCUGAGACAGACCUCAUCAGUCAGAAGCACAUCGAGACCCUGAGCCAAAUCUGUAGGACACACCCCAGCCCAUCCAUCAGUGUGCAGCAGAACACUCUGAAUACAACACUGAAAGACAUUCAGACAAUACAACCCUGUCAUGACAAAGUCGACAAUCCUGACACAUCACACGAGGACGGAGAACAAGAGCAAAACGUGAACUCAGAGUCAGAGCUAUCUUCACCAUACACAGACCAUCAGGAGGAAACUGGGGAAAAGGAAGGAGCGGAAGAGGAGGAGAUAUAUGAGGAAGGGCAGGAAGUAGAAGAAGAGGAGGAGGAGGUGCCGUGUGAGGAAACGCCAGAGGAGGAGGAGGUGAAGGUGGAGUGGCCAACAGGAGUUCCCCAGGCUUCAGACAAGGACCUGGCCAAACUGUCCCACACAGAAGGGAUUUCUUCUCCUGAUGGUUUGGUCUCCAUUCUGAAGAGGAGGAGAGCGUCGCUGGAUGGACUGCCUCCACCCAGCGACAUGGCUAUUAAACAGAGCUCCAAACGCAAAGUUCGCUUCAGCGAACCAGAGGACGGCAUUGAACAAGAUGAGGUAGGUGGAGACUCCUGCCUGAUCCUCCUGCUGCUGUGCCUGGUUACUGUGGUGAUCAGCAUAGGCGGGACCGCUCUCUACUGCACCCUGGUGGACACUUACUCCAACAUUUGCACCGACUUCACUCAGAACGUCAACUUCUACGUCAUGAACGCACGGAGGUUCCUCGAAGGGCUCGGACACUGGCUGCCCCUCCGGACUUAAGGCCGCUUCAUCUGCUUUCCAGACAGGAGCAGACAUUUGUGUCGAGUGUAGAAUAGAGAGCGAGGAUGAAAGAGUUCCCGACUAAGACUGUACAGAUGCAGGACCUACAGGCAUUAAUCUGAUGCCGCCAUGCAGAGUGUUUAAAGCUUUGACUCCUUCUACAGUGACUGGACUCAUGUCUCAGCAAAAGAGCUCACAUCCCACUAAGACUUGUAAAUUUGGUCAAAUGGACUAAGAUGUUUGUGUCGGUAACCGAGCGCUCAAAGCAACAACAAAAAAAAACAGUAAAAACUGUCCAAAUUUCUUCACCUCAGAAGAAAAACAUGUGAUGAUGUGUGCAUGUUGUAGGAUGAAAGUUCAAAAACAAAAAAAAAAACUUGUUUACUACUGUCUGUGUGGAUGUUUCAUCUUCAAACUGAACCUUACAGAUGACCACACGAGAGGUCACAACUCUGCUAUAUUUAUAUUUUAACUGAAGUAGUUUAUCUACAGUAUAUAGUAGUGUUUCCCUCACAAUUGUAGCAGUUGUAGCUGUGGAUAAAUUUGUCUUUUGUUCCAGAGGUUUUCUUGUUCUGGCGCUUUUAUUUUGACUUAGACAGAGAAGAUGAUUUUAGCAUCUUUAUUAUCAUUAGGAUCAUUACUGUGUGUUGUUUCUUUGUACCAUUAAUGGGCCAAAUGAUGAUUUUCUUCUCCUUUUAAUUUCAUGUUACCAUUAUUGUUUGCUCUUUUGACCCAUCUUUAUUAAUGAAUAUACUGUGUAUCUACUGUAUAUCAGACACAAUCUACAGCAAGACAAAAAAGAUUUAUUUUAUUUUGAAACACCUUGAUUCCAGAUGAGCCUUUGUGAUCCUUUCACCGAAACGGAUAAUUUCAUAAUUGCGUGUUUACCUCAACAUAAGUGGUUACACUUUACAUUCCUCUUAUAUGAAGACGACCAGCUCAAAGAGAAGCUUUGUACUGUAUAUGAUAGCGCUAUAUGUACACAUGUCCUAUUAAAAACAGCAUCAUGAAACAGUCUGCAUGAAUGAUGCUGUAUAUGUAGAUUCAGGAAGAGCGUGGCUCUCUGUAUGAAAGAAAAAAAAAGUCUACCACCUUAUAACACAAUACAUUUGUGUUUUAAGGUUAAUUUCAGUGUGGUCAUCAUGAUUAUCAGAAUACAAAACAGUAAUUUAACAGCCACUCUACAAACUCAGGCAUGUAACCUGUGUUUAUACUUUUUGGUGCUCUAUGUUUUCAUGUUCAUCCUUUGGUGUGUAGCUUUAAAAUUCCUCCUCUACAUCUGGAUUUACAAUCAGUUCCAGUCUUCUCCUGCAGUGUGCAAACAGCUACACCAUGAUAUUAAAAUCCCAGUGCAGUGAGGAGAUGCACUUAGGUUGUGUGCACAUUGGACAUCAGAUCUCAUUCAAAAACAGGCAAAAAAAUAAGUGGUUUAAGAGCAAAAAAUUAAGAAUCAGUACAUUAUUACUUUGGCCAAAAACUAUUUAAUAUCGUUCUUGAGUGUUCAUGUGUUUUUUUACACUGAGCUAAUUGGGCCAUUGGGUUAUAAUCACAAUCUGGAGGCUGCCUUUAUAUGCACUGGGAGUUGAAUAUCUAGUUUGCUGUCCUUUAUAUCAUUUUGUCCAAGAGCAGAUCUUGAUGGACCAACAGUUGUGUUUCUGGGCUGGCCCCGGUAACACAAAAGAAAAUAUACCUGUAUACACACACAUUUUAUUGGAAUGGAGAAAAUGAAAUUCAGCAUGUUCCUUUAUCCAUUGCGUUGUGUUGAUAUUUUUUAACUGAUUUCAACUCUCCUUCUGAACUCCAGAUGUUUGCAAAAUGAUGAAUGUUACCUCUGUAUUGUCACUGUGGCUAUUGUUUACCUACAUGUUUUACAUUUUGCAAUCCAUCUUUAUAUGGUUCAAUAUUUAUGUUAAGUCGUGUCCACAAGGGAAUACAAAACAAAAUAAUUAA